GGGCUGUGCGCUUGCCGCGCUGCUCCGGGGGGCAUCCCCAGUGAGGGCCUCAGCCGGCUGCCAGGCUCUUCUGACGGCCGGUGUUUGCUGUCGGCGGUGCAGUGCCCGGGCAGGUAAAGAAAAAACCAAAACCAACAAAACCUCACCCCUCGAAAACUAGAGUCCACCUCGGGCUUUACUCGUGCCGGGGGGGAGGUUGAGCAUUUCCCCAGGCACAGUAUGCUGGACUCGGCGCUCAGUGGUGGCCAAACUCGGUCACUCGUAGCCCUUGGUGCUUUCUCUUCCCCCGAACUUCAGUUCCGGGAUUACAGCCUGGCCUCGUGUUAGUGAUUCCAAAACUGAGAGAAACGGUGGGCCGGGGAGAGGAGAGGAGAGGACGGAGGCUCGCUGAAGCGCGGGGGAGCCGGCAGACCUCCGUCCUGCUCUGCACCGGUGCCUCGAACACCAACCAGUACACCUCGGCGGAGGGAGAGCUGGGCUUCGGCUGCUUCCCCGGCUUCCCAGCUCCUGAAGGUGUCAUGGUGUAGAGGGACCAGCUGAAACCGAAGCUCUUUAUACAGAAACCUAUCAGCUCUUCUCGCUGUGCUGGACUUGGCUGCCCCUUGUGUGAGUCCAAAGUACGUGUAAAGAACACAGGAGUUGGUCACUGGACACAGUAAUGGUGCAAGAGUGGGAUAUGCAGCCAGGAAUCUGAGAUCUGUAUAAGGAGUCAAAGCUGUGAUACAUCCCAGCACUGAGGGGGCUCCACUUCGGUGCAAGGCAGAGAGGCAGUAAGUUGGGAUUGACAGCCGUUUGGCAAGGUAACUGACCCUCCACCUACCCCUGCAAGCUGCUGGCCACGACAUCUUCUGGCACUGGGGUAUGGAUUUGCAUCUUGUCUGUCCACAUUCCCUCCUCUCCCUGUCCUUUUCUGUCUUUCAUUUGUCUGGAUUUCUCUCUUGUGCUUGUCAUAAGCAGACUGAAUGUUACAGAUCCAAAAAAUGUCCCUAAAUCACUAAAAUCAUAUGAUUUUACAGCUGGAUAGUUACUUAUUCUGUAAGGAACUAGCAGUGUUUAUAUUAUUUUGUAAUUGAAAGACAUUUGACAAUGCAUGAAAAGAAUGACUUUGGAAUUUUCAGACCUCCCAGUAAGUUGAGAAUACUUCUCUUUUUGAGAAGUAAGGCUUUGCAUUUUGGAUCCUUUUUCAAAGUCAUUUAAAGUUUCCCUGUCUCAUAAAGUGACUCUUUUUGCUGACCACACAUCAAAAUAAUGUUUAAAACAACAGUAAUUAGAAUUUUUUCAGGGCUUUGCUACACUCAUUUCAUUUCUGGCAACCAAUUUAUCUCAAUGCUGAUAAACUAGGAAAACUGUAAAUAUUUUUGUACCAAGUGACACUGUCGUCAGCCAGUAGUUAAUGCACGAUUGCUGGAUUAUCUGUGCAACAUCUUGGCUCACACUGUUACUUAUGUAUUGUCAGUCCGUAGCAGACACUUAAUUUGCAGAAGUCAGAGUUGAAGUGCUUGGGUAGCAUUCAGUGCCUCUGCUGUAUAAGGCAACUGAAAUGUGAUCUACAAGAUUAGCGGGGCUUGUAGGAAGGAAAGGAAUGUCAAGUCCAGGAGAGCUGUGACAGUGACAAGGCUGAGUGCUGCUGGUUGAAUGUAGGGUGAGGAUCUCAGCUGCAUGAUGGUCACUGGAGAGCAGGGGCCAAACCAUGGCCAAAGUGGAACUGUCCUCAGCAGUUACUCCAAUUAACCUUUGGGAUUGUUGUUCCAGUCUAUUCCACUGUGUAGUAGUAAAAGCUGUUCUGAAACCACAUGGCUGAUAUCAGGUUUGUAUCUGUAUCACUGUAGCAUUUCUUGGAGAGAUAAUCAGUAAGGAAUAACCUCGAAGAGACUAUUAUGGCUCUUGCCGUUGUGCAUUUUUUACGGAAGAUCCCAAGUGCUAUGUCCCUGCGGGCUCGCCUGAGAAGAUCUCUCCAACUUCGCAACUGGUGCUACCCAGUUCACGCCUCUUUGAGUUAUGAAGCCAUAAAACAACAGUACAGGCCAGAGGUGCCAGAGUACUUCAACUUUGCACGAGACGUGCUGGACAGAUGGACUGAAGUGGAAAAGGAGGGUAAAAAGUCUAAAAACCCUGCAUUAUGGUGGGUAGAUGGUGCCAGAGAAGAGGUGAGGUGGAGCUUUGAAGAGCUGGGAGUGUUGUCAAGGAAAGUGGCAAAUGUACUUUCUGAUGCCUGCGGUCUGCAACGGGAAGACAGAGUUAUUCUGAUUCUGCCCCGGAUCCCGGAGUGGUGGCUGGUGAAUGUGGCUUGCAUGAGAACAGGAACUGUCUUGAUUCCUGGGACACAGCAGUUGACAGCAAAGGACAUUCUUCAUCGACUACAGAAAUCCAAGGCAAAGUGUAUCAUCACUGAUGAUUCUGUGGCACCAGCUGUAGACUCAAUUGGGGCUCAAUGCCAGUCUCUGAAAUUCAAGUUGCUUGUGUCAGAGGGCCACAGAGAGGGAUGGCUGAACUUUAAAGAUCUCCUGAAAAACGCUCCUUCUGACCACCACUGUGUGACCACAAAGUGUCAAGAUCCAAUGGCUAUCUAUUUUACCAGUGGAACUACAGGAUCUCCAAAAAUGACUGAACAUUCCCACAGCAGCUAUGGUAUUGGUCUCACAGUAAGUGGAAGGUACUGGCUGGACUUGACUUCCUCAGAUAUAUUUUGGAACACAUCAGACACAGGCUGGGCAAAGUCAGCUUGGAGCAGCAUUUUUUCACCUUGGAUUCAAGGGGCAUGUGUAUUUGUACAUAAGAUGCCACACUUCGACCCAAGCAUUGUCUUUGAGAGUCUGUCAAGAUUUCCCAUAACUGUCUUCUGUUCUCCUCCAACUGCCUACCGAAUGUUUGUGCAACAUAAGGUGUCCAGCUAUACAUUCAAAAGCCUGCGGCACUGUGUGAGUGCUGGGGAGCCAAUCAACCCUGAUGUGAUGGAAGAAUGGAAAGCGCAGACUGGGCUGGAUAUUUAUGAAGGCUAUGGACAGACAGAAACAGUGCUGAUCUGUGGAAAUUUUAAGGGAAUGAAAAUCAAACCUGGGUCUAUGGGAAAGCCGUCUCCAGGGUAUGAUGUCAAGAUUAUAGAUGAAAACAGUAAUAUUCUGCCUCCUGGAAAAGAAGGAGAUAUUGCCAUCAGAGUAAAACCUACGAGAUCGCUUUUUCUUUUUACUUGCUAUGCUGAUGAUCCAGAGAAAACAGAGGCAACAAUACGUGGGGAUUUUUAUGUCACUGGAGACAGGGGGAUUAUGGAUGAGGAGGGAUACUUCUGGUUUGUUGGAAGAGCUGAUGAUGUCAUUAAUUCUGCUGGAUACCGUAUUGGACCAUUUGAAGUAGAAAGUGCCCUAGUAGAGCAUCCUGCAGUGGUGGAAUCAGCAGUUGUCAGCAGUCCAGACCCCAUCAGAGGAGAGGUAGUGAAAGCCUUUGUUGUUUUAACAUCUGACUAUGCUUCACAUGAUCCGGAAAAAAUGAUGAAAGAGCUACAAGAUCAUGUUAAGAAAGUUACUGCUCCAUACAAGUAUCCUAGGAAGAUGGAAUUUGUUCAACAGUUGCCAAAAACUAUUAGUGGGAAGAUCAGAAGAAAUGAACUGCGCCAGAAGGAGUGGAGAAAAGAUUAGAAGUACUUGUUGCUUUUUUAUAGGAUCUUUUACAAAGUAAGAUACUACAGAUUUACACAGUAACAUACAGUAAAUGAUUAUACUAUGUCCUCCUUAGUUUAGGUUUGAAUAAAUUA